AUGGGCAGGAAUGCCAUCAGAUUUUAUUUUCUAUGGCUCGUCACAAUUAGGAGUGUUGAGGCUUGCUUGACGAGGCAGACGGUACGAGAUACUGCAAAUCAGCCUGACAUAGCAACAGAUAUUCUCAUUUCCGAUGAUGGCAGUUGCUUAGCAACAACGUCAGACGCAGAUUCAUUCAGCAAGGAGUUGAAAUCUCAUUCAAACCAGUUAACCUUUGACCUGUAUAACGUCACAAUAGAUUGUUCAUAUCUGUUCCAGGCAAAUGACCCUUAUACCAGAGUAAUGGUGGACUUUCGAUGGUUUGAUGUUAAUAGAAGGUAUGGCUUUCCAAAUGACAAUUGUGAUGAUGCCAGUGUGCGAAUUUUCGAUGGUCCCAUCGCAUCCUCUAGCCAGCUCGGUGACACGCUGUGCGGUACAGACAGACCAACCCUUGUUCUUUCGUCAGGGAGCAGCUUAUCGUUGAGAUUACAAACAUCCGGGGAUUUCAGUGUCAUGGACUUCAGAGCCAUCUACACUGCGUUUUCAGACAAUACGUCCUGUUCAUCGUUCACGUGUACGACGACGGGUCGGUGCAUCGACUCGACCGUGACGUGUGACAGGCAGGGGUAUGGCAAUUGCGGCGAUGAGGACUUCAGCGAUCAGGACGAAGCCAACUGCCCCGUAAUCUACACGACACCCGACCUCCGCCCUCUUCUAUACGCGGCCCUCGCCCUCAUCCUCCCCUUCCUGUUCCUCCUCUACUUCUGUUUCUGGAGACCCGGCUACAUGGUAUGGGCCUGUGGUUGUUGGCGACGCCGAAGUUUGGGCGACUGUGGAUGGUGCUGCCCCGUUCGAAGUCGAGGGCUGUGUCGUCGAAUAUGCACCUGUGGUCGACGAGCAACGAAGAUGAACUCGGUCGGCAAUCUUCGAGAAGGCAGAAAAAUACACAGAGAGAAAAUGCUGUAG